AUGUUUUCACAAACUGUGACCGAGGUGCUCUGGAGUUUGAACUUGAAGCCGAUGGCUACGAAACUGCUUCCACUGCGUAAGCUUUCAAGGAUACUGAAACUGCCGUCUUCUUCUUCUUGCUCUUUCAGAAAGUGUCCUUAUCUUCUUGAAGCUUCAAUACCUCUCAUCCAUAUCUCCAAUAAUGUUCAUCAAUUUCAUCCUCCGUCUUUUUCUCAAAGCUUCAGCUCCCGCCCUCUGGAUAUAGUCGGCGAUGAUUCUCGAGGCCCGGCCACCAUUGAUUACAGUUCUCUGAUGCAGGAGGGAGAGUUUCACAGACUAGCUGAUUUCACAAUACAGGGACUGCAAGAGAAAUUAGAGGAAUAUGGUGAUAAUCUCCAAAUUGAUGGCUUUGACGUGGACUAUGGGAAUGAGGUACUGACCUUAAGGCUCGGCAAUCUUGGCACUUAUGUCUUGAACAAACAAACGCCAAAUAGACAAAUUUGGCUUUCUUCCCCUUUGAGUGGUCCAUCGAGGUUUGAUUGGGAUCAGAACUCUCGGGCUUGGAUUUAUAGGCGGAACAAAGCAAACCUGUUGAGUCUUUUAGAAACUGAAUUGAUGCAGCUUUGUGGUGAGCCAAUUAAUCUUUCUUGAGUCGUUUCAAAUAACUGGGACAUGUUAAAUUGUUCUGAAAGCAUUUAGACGCAUAUUUAUGUUGCCCGUUAAGUUUGGUUCAUGUUAUUAACUAUGACCAGAGCCCUACUUUUCUUAAGUUCGUUCUAUCUGUAGUAUGUUAUACGAAAUCACAUGUUCAAAUUCCUAGUGUUUCAACUAUGAAAAUAAUAAUUAACGUACAGUUAACUGAGCAUGGGUCAAUUACUCAUGAUAUGAAA